UUGGGCGAAUCUUGCUUCCUGGGCCUCAGUUUCCCUAUCUGCACGAGGGAGUUGGGGAUGGGUGGGAAGUGAAUUUAAUGAGCUGAAUAUCCCCUUCGCAGCUCACUCGUCCUGAGGCUUCGUGACUUGCUGGGCAGGAUGGGGACAUGAGAGGGUCCUUAACAGUCCCCACCUAUCACUGUUCCCCUCAGGUCUCAGCCAUGAGCUCCCUUGGAGGAAGGAGGCAGGAAACCACAGGACCCAGGAGUAGAAGGGCUCACAGGCCCCGGGAAGAGGACCGAGAUGUACAGCUGUCCAAGGCUUUGUCCUAUGCCCUGCGUCACGGGGCUCUGAAGCUGGGGCUUCCCAUGAGGGCUGAUGGCUUCGUGCCCCUGGACACCCUCCUGCAGCUGCCCCAGUUCCACAGCUUCUCUGCUGAAGAUGUGCAGCGCGUGGUGGAUACCAACCGGAAGCAGCGGUUUGCCCUGCAGCCAGGGGACCCCAGCACUGGCCCUCUCAUCCGGGCGAAUCAGGGUCACUCUCUGCAGGUACCGGAGUUGGAGCUGAUGCCCUUGGAGACCCCACAGGCCUUGCCUCCCAUGCUUGUCCAUGGCACAUUCUGGCAGCACUGGCCAUCCAUCCUGCUCAAGGGUCUGUCCUGCCGGGGAAGGACACAUAUUCACCUGGCCCCAGGACUUCCUGGGGAUCCUGGUGUCAUCAGUGGCAUGCGACCAAAUUGUGAAGUGGCUGUGUUGAUUGAUGGGCCCCUGGCCCUGGCAGAUGGAAUCCCCUUCUUCCGCUCUGCCAAUGGAGUGAUCCUGACUCCAGGGAAUGCUGAUGGCUUCCUGCUUCCCAAGUAUUUCAAGGAGGCCCUGCAGCUCCGCCCUUCUCGAAAGUUCCUCUCCUUGGCUGGUAAUGAAGAGACAGAGUGUCAGAGUGGCCCCCAAGCAUAGCUCCAGAGGAAGAAGGAUAAUCCAACAAUAAAAUAUUUAUUAAAAAAAAAGUUAAAAGUU